AUGUUUGGAAGUGGUAAUUCAUCGAAUACAGGAGCUGGAUUCUCAGGGUUUGGCAAUAAUGCCAACUCGAAUACCAACCAGCUGAAUAUAUUUGGCAGUAACAACUCUAAUCCAACGUCGUCAACGUCAGGAACAACAGGAACAGGAACAGGAACGGGUUCAAAUGUUUUUGGCACACAAAAUGCAAAUCAGGGCUCGAUAUUUGGAGCAUCCAAGACAACUCAACCGGGUCAGCAAACAUCGAAUGCGAGCCCAUUUGGUGCAUUUGGUAACAAUUCGGCAUUUGGAGCCAAGCCUUCUCCCUUUGGACAAACAAACAACAAUAACAACAAUGCCAACAAUGCCAAUGCUAAUGCCAACACUAAUACCAGCACUAAUACCAAUACUGUUUCACUCUUUGGUCAAAAUAACAACCCAUCCACAACGGCACCUGCAGCAUCGUCAGGUGGACUCUUUGGCUCUGCAUCUACACAGAACAAGGCUCCUGCAUUUGGCGCUAAUACAAGCGCUCCAAGUUUUGGAUCACAAGGUGCAUUUGGAAGUUCUGCAACUUCACAGCCAGGAUCAUCAGUAUUUGGCCAGCCCAGUGCUAACGCCAAUGCCAACACCAAUGCCAACACCAACGCUAAUUCUAAUAAUCCAAGCACUUCUGCAGCUCCUACAUCAUCAUCGACAACUGGAACUCCUCUAACAGGAUUUGGUGGUAAAAAGGAUGGCGAGUCAUCUGCCUCGCCUGCACCUGCAUUUAACUUUGGUUCAAACUCCAAUUCAAACACAAAUUCUACCACUUUGAAUGCACCAGCUUCAUCAACAGGUGGAUUGUUUGGUGCUAAAGCUGAUCCAAAUACUGGAGGACUCUUUGGAGCCAAGACAGAUUCAACAACAACCACGGCCCCAGCACCAUCUUCAAAUACAACUACUACUGCUACUGCUAACAAUGGUGUUGGUGUUGGUGGUUUGUUUGGCUCAAAGACUGAUGGUACUGCGCCUGCAGCAUCCACUGGUGGCUUAUUUGGCGCUAAAUCUGCAACGUCUACACCACCACCACCAUCAUCAUCAUCGACUGGAUUUUCAUUUGGCGCAAAGAAAGAUGAUGACGCGAAAGAUAAACCAGCGGGAUUCUCAUUCGGGGCAAAGAAAGAUGAAGGGGAAAAACCGGCUUCUACUGGAGGAUUGUUUGGUGCAAAGAAAGAUGAAGGAGAGAAACCAGCUGGGUUCUCAUUUGGCGCAACUAAAGAUGAAGGGGAAAAACCGGCUUCUACUGGAGAAUUGUUUGGUGCAAAGAAAGAUGAAGGAGAUAAACCAGCUUCUACAGGAUUCUCAUUUGGAGCAAAGAAGGAUGAUGAUUCAAAAGAUAAACCAUCUGGGUUCUCAUUCGGAGCAAAGAAGGAUGAAGGAGAGAAACCAUCUGGGUUCUCAUUCGGUGCAAAGAAAGAUGAAGGAGAGAAACCAUCUGGAUUCUCAUUUGGAGCAAAGAAGGAUGAUGAAGCAAAAGAUAAACCAUCUGGGUUCUCAUUCGGAGCAAAGAAGGAUGAAGGAGAAAAACCAUCUGGGUUCUCAUUCGGAGCGAAGAAGGAUGAAGGGGAAAAACCAGCUUCUACAGGGGGAUUAUUUGGCGCAAAGAAAGAUGAAGGAGAAAAACCAUCUGGAUUCUCAUUUGGAGCAAAAAAGGAUGAUGAAGCAAAAGAUAAACCAUCUGGAUUCUCAUUUGGAGCAAAGAAGGAUGAUGAUUCAAAAGAUAAACCAUCUGGAUUCUCAUUUGGAGCAAAGAAGGAUGAUGAAACAAAAGAUAAGCCCGCAACAGGUUUUCUGUUUGGAGCUAAGAAAGAGGAAAGUUCAGAUACAAAACCAAGUGGAUUUUCUGCUACAACAGCAGCAACGACAAACGGUAGCAAUAACAACACUACGACUACGACUACAACUACUACCAGCACCAACUCAGCGCAGCCAAAUUUGAAGCCAACAAAGAUUGAACCUAUAGCUGUUUCGAUUGAUAAUAAGAAUCUUGACGAUUUGAUUUUGAAGUGGUCGAAGCAAUUAAGCUCAACAAGUAAAUUGUUUGAAAACUAUACAAGUAAAGUGAAACAGUGGGAUUUGAAAUUGGGUGAAAGUGGAGAUGCAAUCACUAAAUUGAAUCAAGAUUCCAUUGAAGUAGAAGCGCUCGAGUCGAAGAUUGAUCAGCAAUUGUUGUUAGUUGAGAAUCAACAGGAUGAGUUAGAGAGAGUUUUGGACAACUAUGAACAACAAACUGAUUUGUUGUUGAGCAAUAUAGAAAUGAACAACGGAAGUGGCGCCUCAGCCGCUUCAGCAGCAGCUACUCUCUAUGGUGGCCGACAAGCACUAACUUCGGGCUCGGCAACAUCGGCAGGUUCAAAUACAUCAUCUGGUCCAUUGAUCAAAGACGAUCAGCAACAGCAGCAAUCAAAUUACAACUUGACAUCGAAUAUGAGUGCAACAGAUAGGCUACGUGAAAGAGCAUACUAUAAUGCAGAGUUGUUGGAUGAGAGAUUGGAUGGUUUGGGAGACAAUUUAAACACUUUAAUCAAUGAAGUCAACUCCAUCAGUGAUGUUUUCAACAAGAACAUGAUUAGUAACUUACCAGGCAUGGAUGCAACCAAAGCCAGCGCUUCCAAUAAUGGUCAGAAGAACUCUAUCGAAGAGAUUAUUCAGUUGUUGAAUCUUCAUUUGGAAAACUUAAAGUAUAUUGAAAACAAGGAGAAUGCUUUGAAGGAAAAGUUGCAAGAUUUGACACGGGCUAAAUAG